CGGCAAUUACGAUAAGCGCUCGACCAGUUGUAAGACUUGAAAACAGCGUAAGCACGCUUGUCGGUCGACUGCUGCUGACCAUACGAGCCUUACUGUCAACGACGAAGAAUAUCACGAUCGACGCAGAUUAGGGGCGAGGCGAUUAAAAAUACUGCGACGAAGGUCCACGUCACCAACUGAAGCGAGUCGACUUUCAUUCGGGACGAACUUCAGCGCUGGGGUCGAGCGCGGGUGACGAAAUGCGACAGAGUUUAUCGUAUCGCGCUGUCAAUGAGUAAGUCGGAGAGGCGUUCCUCCUAACCAUUGCGUAACUUGAAGCAGCCGUUGAAUACGGCAGUUGUGUCCGACGUACGUAAACACCACUUCGCGGUCGGUGCUCGUUCGAGCCUGUACGGAUGAUAAGUUUCGUUUUGGGCCAACAUACCGGUGAAUGAAAUACGUUUUGACGCCACACAGUCGGUCGUUUUCCAUAAAUUUUAAAGCGCUAUGGACUCCUGGACGAUCGUACUCGCGAUAUUGGUGAUAACAGUGGUAUACUGGUUCUCUACUCGUAACCACGACUAUUUCAAAAAACGUGGCGUUCCGUACGUCAGGCCGUGGCCGAUAUUCGGCAAUAUGGGCGAAUUGAUUUUUCAAACAAAAUCGAUGCCGCACGCUAUACAAGAUAUCUACAAUAGUAGCCCUGACGCGAAGUACGUCGGGUUCUACGACUUCCGAACUCCGAUCGUCCUGCUGAGAGAUCCCGAACUGAUAAAACAAGUCACGAUCAAACACUUCGACAGCUUCGCGAACCACAAAAUGUUCGUCGAUUCGCCGACGGAGCAGCUGUUUCAGAAAAAUCUAUUCGCCUUGAAAGACGACGAGUGGCGAGAAAUGCGAACGCUCCUCAGUCCGGCGUUCACAUCCAGCAAAAUGAAAAUGAUGUUCAAAAUAGUGUCGCGGUGCGCGGUCGAUUUCGCGGAAUUCUUGGCCGCUCAGGAUCCGCAACCCGAAGCGCAUGACGUGAAAGACUCCUUCGGGAGGUACACCCUCGACGUGAUCGCGUCCACGGCGUUCGGACUCUCGACGAACUCUAUGAAGGAUCGCGACAAUACGUUCUACACGGUGGGAAGGGACGUAACCAAUUUCGCCGGUGUCGGCAAGAUGAUCAAAUUCUUCGUCAUCAGGUGCUUUCCCAGGUUGGCGAGAUUCUUCAAGGUACAAAUUAUCGGCGACAAGGCGACGGACUACUUCAAAGAUGUGAUAAAGACGAACGUGGAGACAAGGGACAGAGAAGGGAUAGUGAGACCGGACAUGAUUCAGCUGAUGAUGCAGGCGGGGGACAGGAAGGAUAAGUCGAGCCUGUCCUUGGACGACAUGACCGCUCAGGCGUUCAUUUUCCUACUCGGUGGGUUGGAGAGUCCGGCAACGACGAUGAGCUUUGCCACCCAGGUGCUCGCGCUGAAUCCCGACGUUCGAACGAAACUGCGGGCCGAAAUCGACGAGGUGCUGGAAAAAAAUGCUGACGGAGUGUCUUACGAAGAUUUACACGCGAUGAAAUACUUGGACGCCGUGGUGAAUGAAACCCUGAGGAUGUUCACACCGGCUUUUGCCUUGGACCGAAUCGCUUCCAAGGAGUACACUUUACCCCCCGCGUUACCCGGCCUCGAGCCGAUGAGGAUAGAACCCUCCCAAGGUAUCUGGAUUCCGGUUCACGCUCUGCAUUACGACGAGAAAUAUUAUCCGAACCCGGACGAAUUCGACCCGGAAAGGUUCAGCGACGUAAACAAGGAUAACGUCAACUCCUCGAUCUACAUACCUUUUGGUAUAGGUCCCAGAAUUUGUAUCGCGAAUCGUUUCGCUCUGAUGGUGAUGAAGCUCGCUUUGUUUCAUCUUCUUGCAAAGUGCGAUGUUUUACCGUGCUCGAAAACCAAUCCGAAAAUCAAGAUCAGCACCAAAGCUUUCACCCUACAGCCUGAAGGCGGCUUCUGGUUGAAAAUCCAAGCAAGGAAACACAAAGCUAUUCUUGAAUUAUUCAGAAAAAACAUGAUUAAAAAUCUAACUAACAAUAAGUUACUAUCAUCAAUUGUGAAAAACGAAAUUGGAUUCCAAGUUUUGGGCGCAAAAAUUUUUACCAAUCGUCAUUCGUCAUUGUCAAAAAUUUCCGCCGCUAUGGACUCGUGGACGAUAACCUUGACGGUAAUAGCAGGUGCGGUCAUAAUAUACUGGCUGUCCACUCGCAAUUUCGGUUACUUCAAGAAACGCGGCAUCUCUUGCGUACGUCCAUGGCCGAUAUUCGGGAACAUGGGCCCGAUAUUGUUCAGGAUGAAAUCGUUCGCGGACGUGAUGGACGACACUUACAGAAGUCACCCCGACGCCAGGUACGUCGGUUUCUACGAAUUUUCCAAUCCGGUCAUAAUGCUGAAGGAUCCCGAACUGAUAAAGCAAGUGGCGGUCAAGUAUUUCGACAGUUUUCCGAAUCACAGGACGUUCGCCGAUUCACCGAACGAGCCACUUUUCCAAAAGAAUCUUUUCGCCCUGGUGGACAACGACUGGAGAGCCAUGCGGUCGCUCUUGAGCCCGGCGUUUACUUCGAGUAAGAUGAGGAUGAUGUUCGAAGGUGUAGCCCAGUGUGCGUCGAACUUCGCCGAUUAUUUGGCGGCCCAGAAUCCCCAGCCCGAAAACCUCGACAUGAAGGACACCUUCGGAAGAUAUACACUCGACGUGAUUGCGUCCACGGCGUUCGGCCUGUCGACGGACUCGCUGAAACAUCGCGAAAACGAUUUUUACAUGAUCGGAAAAGACGUCACCCACUUGGCCGGGAUCAGAAUGAUCAAAUUCUUCAUCAUGCGAAAUCUUCCGGGACUAGCGCGGCUGAUGAAUCUUCGGCUCGUAGACGUCAAAACGACGAACUAUUUCGUGGAUAUCAUAAAAACCACCAUCGAAACGAGGGACAGAGAAGGAAUCGUGAGACCGGACAUGAUACACUUGAUGAUGCAAGCGAGGGACAACGAGGCAAAAACUGAUUUAUCCAUGGUGGACAUGGCGGCCCAAGCCUUCAUUUUUCUCCUCGGCGGAUUCGACAGCCCGGCAACCACGAUGUGCUUCGCUGCUCAUUUCCUCGCCCUCAAUCCCCACGUCCAAAGGAAACUGCAGACCGAAAUCGAUGAGGUUUUGAAAGAGCAUCCGGAGGGUGUGUCUUACGAGGAGAUACAAGAAAUGAAGUACCUGGACGCGGUGGUCAAUGAAACCUUGAGGAUUUAUUCACCCGGUAUAGUGUUGGACAGAGUUUGUACGAAAGGGUUCACUCUGCCGCCCGCGUUACCUGGACUCGAACCGUUGGAGGUCAAACCAUCCCAAGAAGUUUGGAUUCCCAUACAGUCCAUCCAUCGUGACGAGAGAUUUUUCACGAAUCCGGAUGUAUUCGAUCCGGAAAGAUUCAACGAAGUUAACAAGCACAACAUCAAUCCCUUGGCCUACUUGCCUUUUGGAAUAGGUCCGAGAAUUUGUAUCGCCAAUCGUUUCGCUCUAAUGGUCGUUAAGCUUGCCUUGUUUCACGUGCUCGCCAAAUGCGAUGUGUUGCCGAGCUCGAAAACUUGCUCGGAGAUCAAGUUGAGUACCUCGGAAUUCACGCUGAUACCGGCGGACGGGUUCUGGCUGAAGGUUCAAUCGAGAAAAAAAUAACGUUGCGUUCACUCCUCUUUCGCUUGAUCCCGGACAUACUCGGUCCGGAAAUUAUCCUGCCUUUAUGAAUCAGAUUACACAUGCAAUAAAGCUGUACAGAAAAUUGGA